AUGUCAGUAGAUGUGAACGCCCUCAAAAGCGCCCAAGCUAGGGGGCUUACUGUUGGCGUCAUUCCCAAAGGCGUUGGUAAGCCUCUGAGGCUGGAGAUAGACGACUUUCUCCAGGAUGUUGAGCUCGCGAACCUCUAUUUCCUCGCCCUUGAAGCUUUCAUGAGUAAGAAACUUUCCGAAAGCCCAUUUUCAUACUAUGAAAUUUGCGGCAUCCAUGGUCAACCGUGGCGUGCGUGGGACGGUGUCAAGUCUGCGGAAUUCGGUUUCUCUGCCGGCAGCCCCGAUCCACAAAGCGGCUACUGCUCGCACGGUUCUGUUAUUUUCCCAACAUGGCAUCGGGUUUAUGUUGCUCAAUUUGAGCAAGCCUUGUACCUGCACGCUGCUGAGAUUGCCCCAAAACUCAAAGCACAGGCUGCCCUCGAUCGUUUCCGAAUCCCGUACUUUGAUCCUUUCCUCCCUCGCCAAAAGCUCGUUACUGAAGAUAUCUACACAUAUGGAAUACCUGUAAUCUUCUUAUUGCCACAUAUACAGGUUCGUCGACCAGAGAGUCCAUCUUCGUGGGUUUCCAUGGCAAAUCCACUAUACCAGUUCAAGUUUCCAGCAGACGGCAAAGGUGGCUUUGACUGGUCUAUGUACACCCAAAUCCCUGCUGCUAGAGACCUCACUAUUCGGGGUCUCAACACUGCCACACAAUCUGCAGACCACAGCUACGUGAUGCGGGCUUUCGAUAACGCGUAUAACCCCGUAAGCGGCCUUAGCAGCCAAACGCCACAGAGCAUUUGGCACGUCAUGUUUGGUAAGCAGACCUGGGUUCAGAUGUCGAAUCACUAUGAUCCCAGAACAAGAGAUCCCGCAUCGGUCGUCUACAAUGCCAAUUCCCUGGAGGGGUUUCACGACAACAUACACAACCAGCUGGCCACAGGUCCUCAAGGCUCGAGUGGCCAUAUGGGUAGCCCCGCUUUUGCAGGCUUUGACCCAAGCUUUUGGCUUCAUCACUGCAACGUUGACCGCCUCCUAGCCAUCUGGCAAGGCAUUCACUCUCUCGAUCCGGAGUCUGUUGCUUGGUGGACGUCUCUUGAGGUUCCCGAAGGCAAUUUUGUCGAACCUGGACGUCUGGCUGAGACACCUCGAACUCCACUUGUCCCCUUCCGCAAAGGCCUAACCGCUGAUUCCAAACCCAUAUGGUGGACCUCGAAUGAAUGCCGCAAUCACCUGGACCUUGGAUACGACUACCCACAAACGGCCGCCGCCCGAAAAUCGGGAGAUAUAGUUCGGUCUUUGACGGCUUGGGCCAACACCCAGCUUGGUUGGCUGGCGCCCAGGAGCCCAAGACCGGCUGAUGAGGGCGCCCGAGCACAACUCAAACGUCAGAUCAACCAGCCGAUGCCAUUUUUCCCGCUCAAAGUGCUGAUAGAUGGGAAGACUCCAUUCAGUAAUGGUCAGGCUUUUAUCGGAUCUAUGGCUACGACGAUGACCGCUAGAAUCUCCGCAAACAACAAGCCCCUCUCUGUGUCUCGUCGAUUGUUGAAUCGAGCCAAGACAGUUAUCAAGGUCUAUUCGCCUAGAAGAAGGCAUAGAAAACCUACAGAGGUAACGGCUGGUUCUGGUGUAACCAUUAAUAGGUCCUCGGACUCCAUAGCCACCCCACAACAGCUGUCUCAGCUGGUGCUUUCAACAGCCCUCCCUUCCGCGAAUAUGGACUUCAAUCGCUGUUACGGGCAUUUAGGAGAUCUCAUUUCGCAUCACAAGAUGACGCAUUGGAACGCUACUUUCAGCGUGGAUAAGUUCUCGCUGGAUGGCUCUUUCACAAUCUUCUUCUUUUUAGGGGAUUUCAGCCCUGAUGUUGAAAGCUGGAUCAUAGACCCUCAUCUUGUCGGAUCCAGUGGAAUAUUUGCCAACUCAAGAGCCACCAUCACCAUCGGGGCUUGUGCAAACUGCGCAAAGCAGGAAGCAGGUGGGAUUAAGUACAUGGACACUAUAGCACUGACUCCUGCGCUUUUGACAUACUGGGAUAGCCAGGAGGAACACUAUGGCUGUCGUGUUGGCGACUUGAGCCCAGAUUAUGUUCUACCAUUCCUCACUCGGAAUCUUCACUGGCGAAUUGUAAAUAGUCACGGCGCUCAAGUUCCUCGUGAGACUAUCACUUCAUUGAAAGUGAUGGUCUAUUCUGAGAUAGUCACUUUGCCUCAUAACAUUACAGACAAGCCUCAGUUUGAAGGCCAGAAUGUUCAUUAUGAGGUUACCAAUGGAAGACCAGGUGGAAUUCACACAGGCGAAGACAUGUAG